UUGCGGCAGGCACUAAAAUGGCCAAACCAAUGGCUGAGUGCGGGUCUAGUAUAUAAACGGGGAGCAGACACCUCCAGACUUGGGUGACCCCUAUUUUGGCUGUGGUGAACAGACUCUGAUCCCAAGGACUGUUACCUCUGUUCUUGUCCAGUGUGAAGUGUUAGAAAGCCAAGAUGCCUUUCGGUAACACACACAACAACUUCAAGCUCAACUACACAGUGGAGGAUGAGUACCCUGACUUGAGCAAGCAUAAUAACCAUAUGGCCCAGGAGCUGACCAAGGAAAUUUAUGGCAAGUUGAGGGACAAGCAGACACCCAGUGGCUACACCCUGGAUGAUGUCAUCCAGACUGGUAUUGACAACCCUGGUCACCCCUUCAUCAUGACUGUUGGCUGCGUUGCUGGUGAUGAGGAGUCCUAUGAGGUCUUCAAGGAUCUGCUGGACCCCGUCAUCUGCGCCCGUCAUGGUGGAUACAAGGCAACUGACAUGCACAAGACCGACCUGAACUUCGAGAACCUGAAGGGUGGUGACGACCUGGACCCCAACUAUGUUCUGUCCAGCCGUGUCCGUACCGGCCGCAGCAUCAAGGGAUUCACCCUGCCCCCCCACAACAGCCGUGGCGAGCGCAGACUGAUUGAGAAGCUGUCCGUUGAGGCUCUGACCAGCCUGGAUGGUGAGUUCAAGGGAAAGUACUACCCCCUGAAGUCCAUGACUGAUGCCGAGCAGGAGCAGCUGAUCGCUGAUCACUUCCUGUUUGACAAGCCCGUCUCCCCCCUGCUGACCUGCGCUGGAAUGGCCCGUGACUGGCCCGAUGGCAGAGGCAUCUGGCACAACAACGAAAAGUCCUUCCUGGUCUGGGUGAACGAGGAGGAUCACCUGCGUGUCAUCUCCAUGCAGAAGGGUGGCAACAUGAGGGAGGUCUUCAGGCGUUUCUGCGUUGGCCUGCAGAAGAUUGAGGAGAUCUUCAAGAAGCACGGCCAUGGCUUCAUGUGGAACCAGCAUCUUGGCUACAUCCUGACCUGCCCCUCCAACCUGGGCACUGGCCUGCGUGGUGGUGUCCACGUCAAGCUGCCCAAGCUGAGCACACACGCCAAGUUCGACGAGAUCCUCACCAGGCUGCGUCUGCAGAAGCGUGGCACAGGUGGUGUGGACACUGCCUCCGUCGGUGGUGUGUUUGACAUCUCCAAUGCCGACCGUCUGGGCUCCUCUGAGGUGGAUCAGGUCCAGCUGGUGGUUGAUGGUGUCAAGCUGAUGGUUGAGAUGGAGAAGAAGCUGGAGAAGGGAGAAGCCAUCGACAGCAUGAUCCCUGCCCAGAAGUAGAGCAGGACAAUCAAAUGCAUUUCUCGUGACCAUUCAUGUGCAAUCGAGCCAGCUGAUGGGCAUGCAGAGGAAACAGCUGCUCACCUAGAGACUCUUGCCUCUGCUCACCUCCUUUUUUCUCCUUCAACUUUUCCCCCUGUUUUCUCUGUCCUUCGUCCUUUUUUCACGUUCUCCUGUGUUGGUUGGUAACAUCCUGGGAUCAGCCUCCACUGAGCUGGGCUCGCCUGGCAGACGUGGCAUCACACACUUUUUAUUACAAAGAGUAAUGAAAACAAAACCUGUUCAUAUUUCUCAAUAAAAAGUGCCCCAUUAAACAAG